AUGACUCUGUGGAAGGUUCGCGUUCUCAUGGCUUUGCGGAUAUUGUUUCCGAUCCGCUCUAUGUAGCGAUUAGCGAUUCUAUCCGCGUCCAAAACUGCACUGAGUCGCGCUCGCAAAGGGGUCGACAUCCAGUCCAACGCCAGCUUCAAUUCUCUAUGCUCGUCCUUAUCGUCUACUGUCUCUUCCUGUGCGCUGGGGACGUGUACAACGAAGGUGAGUACCCGUUCACGGCCGUCGCGCGCUCAUCAGUUCUUUCAGAUUUCGACCCCUUUCGAUGUUGCUCCCGGGGACGAGUCUUGUGCAAGUUCGCGGUCUUCUGCCUCUGACCCUUGGGUAGGUCAUCAACGCUAUCAAGUGCACCAACCGCUGUCUUGGUCGAUGCCCUUCAGCUCUUGCUAUGGGCAGUGUCAUGUACUUCGGCGCCUGCCGUCCGAAGACGGUAUCAGCGUCGACCUCGGCGCGGUCGUCUCUACGGCAGAACGCGCGAGCUCUGCUAUUUGCAGCCUCGCAGCCGUGCUCUGUGGCACUCUCGUCGGGCUCUGUGGCACUCUCGUCGGGCUCGGCGGGGGGAUGACCGUUCGUUGAACGAACGAAUGAUCUCGGUGCUCAUACAUGCGACUUCGGCGCCACUCCUCUUGGCGGACCUGACUGUCCGUCUCCCAGGCGAGUUGGCUUGUGGUUAUAGAAGGUAAAGUGGGCUGUGGUUUGCAGGGACAGGUACAUGGCGCGGUGAAGAUGGCGGCUCGGCGACUGGACUAUCGCUACGUAGGUAGGUGACACGCCUGUACCGUUUUGCUGAAUGUAAAUAUACUUGGUUGUAUGUAA